AUGGUUUCCGAGGAAUUUAGGGACUACUUGGAAAAACUCUUUAAAGCAAUGGAAAACUCAACAGAAUUCAUAGAACACGUUUCCAAUUUGCAUCAGGAGCCUCACAAUGUCAACAUCUCUCUUCUUUCACAUGAAGUGCGAGAGAAAUUAAACCAAAUAAAGUUCGAAACCAGAAACUACUUUGUCGACCUACUUGCUUCAAAGCGUAAUUCAGGAAAAGAUACCUCAGUGCAGAUUCCAUCGGAUUUAGCUAAGGCUUUAGACAUUGGCAAUACGACCAACUUUUCCGCCAUUGAUAUUGAAGAAAUAAUGAAAAUGCUGCGGGACCGUCAAAAUGCAAUUGAUCGGGAAGAAGUUCUUCUUCUUAACGAAAUCGAAGUGAUGAAGGUCCUCGAACGCUGGGAGUCGCACCUAAACGACAGCGCAGCUGAGCGUCAGAAGGCUCAGGCGGAGUUUGAGGCGGAAAAAAAGUUGCAUUCCAAAUCGGGGAAAUUCCAUGAACCAGGAAGUCGGGCACAAGAGCGUGAACAGUGGCAGAAGGGCGAUAACCUACCGGACAGCGAUUUUAAUCCACGCAUUUUCUUCCUAAUGCACGAUCUCAAUUCGGACGGCGUUUGGGACUCGGAGGAAGUAGAAGCCAUGUUGUCUGCAGAGGUCGAUCAAGUGGACGAAGAUUCACCCGAAAAGCAGCAGGAGUACCUUUUAGAGAUGCGCCAGAAGGUCUUUGAACUCAUCGACAAAGACCACGACGGUGUGAUUAGCUACGAGGAGCACAUGAAUCACAUUAACUCUCCCGAGGGUAUGGAUGACGAUGGAUGGCUGCCGGAAGAAGACGAUCUAGACGACAUGGGUCCGAUCCCAUCACAGAAGGACUUGACACACCUCGCGGCUAAGAUUAAAACUCUCGAUGAAAUUGACCCAGGGUCAAGGAUGGUCCAGAACCUUCGUGAUAGACUGAGUCGCCUGGAGCACAACCUGAACCCCACCAAACCCUGA